CAGGUGGGAUGGGGGCGGGGCCAGACCGGAGAGGCGGCGCCAGGUGAGGAGCUGCAGGUGACUCGAGUCAGUGCUCGCGGGACGUCCGAGGCAUGUUCACGGUGAGAGUCGGAAAAAGGAAAAUGGCAAGAAAAAACUUCAGAAACAGGCUUUUACUCUGCGUCUUGUCGCUGGUGCCGGUGAUCGUCGUCGUCACCGUCGUCCUGCAGCGAUACAGCGACUCGGCCACAGCCGACUGGCGCCGUUCUCUCCCCGAUGGCUUUGACUUUUCCAAUCGCGGCAACAAGCGUCUCUCCAAACCAGCAGCUCGACUGUGUCCCAAUGGGAUGGCAUGUCCUGACAAUCACUUCAGCUUCUCCAUCCAAAGCGGAGCCGCCAACGUCGUGGCUCCAAAGAUCUGCCUCCAGAACAAGAUGGUUCUUGGGACGGCAGUUCGAAAUGCUGGAGUUGGAAUUAAUGUGGUUAUUCUAAACGGUAAAACAGGAGAACUCAUAAAGACGGGUAACUUCGACAUGUACGCUGGUGAUGUUAAUCCUCUCAUUGAACUCCUGAAGAGCAUCGAGACGGGCUCCGUCGUGAUGAUGGCGUCUUAUGACGAACCUGCAUCAAAGUUAACUGACGAGGCGAGGAAGCUGAUCGCUGAGCUGGGGAGCUCCAAGGUUCAGGCACUGGGCUUCAGAGACAACUGGGUGUUUGUCGGUGGGAAAGGAGCAGCCAUGGACAGCGGCUUCGAGAAGUACAAGAAAAACGACAGAGCAUCGAAUAAAUACGAGGACUGGCCCGAGAUCCUGGAACUGAAGGGAUGUAUUCCCAGAUUCAUGGAAUGAGCAGCCGCUGCUUCCUGGAACCAGUCGGAGGAACCAGGAGUCUGCAGGAGCAAGUUGUGAUCAGGUGACACCUGCUGUGUGAACCUGCGGACGACACCUGGAAGAGUGAGGACAUUUCUCCCUCUAUACUUUUUAUUUUUCUUACUUUUACUAAUUUUGAAUGGGGUUGGAAGGACGAUAUGCAUCAACCUGGACCGAUCAUCAUGACAGAAGGAAAUAUGAGCAGUCAAACUUCCCUGUAGAUGUGAAGGAGGUGAAUCCAAACCGGUCGGACCGGUUCCUCCUAACAGACCGGAUCUCUUCUCUUCUUCUUCUGAAAUCAAUCGUGUCUCAGUCGAUCAGAGAUCAGCGAUCAGGGACGUGAGGAGUUUCUCUGAUACUUAAGAUCCAGACGUCCGACGACUAGAAUCCUUCAUCUGGUUUCAAAUAUAAAAUCGCUGAAAACAUUUGGGGAAAAAAAAAUUACAAAACAUAUCACAAUACAGGUCAAGUUGUUUUUUAUUUAUUUUAAUGAAAAAGGUUGGGGGCUGAACUUCUGUUUGUUCGCUGCGUUGACGUGCGUCUGUCGCACACUGUUUUGGUCCGACUUUGAAUCUCUUGUGAGGAUCUAGCGCCACCAUCGGGUCAAACGUUUAAUCUGUCCAGCAUCUUGGUUUUGAUGUUAAAUGUCAUCCGUGUUAACUGCUGCCAGUGUUGGUGUAAAUUCUGCAUUCACACCGGCGCCAUGCAAAUUUUUCGAGUUGCUUUGCUCGCAUCAUAUGCACAAAUGUUUGCUUGCGACCAAACUCGUGCGAUCAAAGCAACACGAAAAAGUUCGCAUGGCGUCCGAUGUGAACGCAGCAGCAGGACGGAGCCCCGAGGUCUCGGACAGGAAACACAAGCUGCUUCACAGUUCCAGGUCUUUUUCACAAUCCAGGAUGUCGCGAGGCCGCGUGGCUCAUCUCAAACAAUCUGUUGAGGAGCCACCUUUCAAAUAUUUACACAAAGAAUCGUUCUUUCAUCUUCACCUGCGUCUUUAUUUGAUUAAUCAGUAACAUGGAUUUGAACACGCUGCAGUGUGAGCCAACACUGGAGCUUCACAUCCUGCUGCUGUGUUGACCUGUCAGAACAGAUGAUCCUCAUCGUCAUGUUCUGACAAUAAGUUACGUGACUCGAUUGUAGUUUUGUCCUCAUUCUUCCUUUAGCAUGAUUUUUUUCUUUUUCUUCACGAUUCUCUUGUACACUUUGUGUUGGUGGCUGAUUAACUGUGUAAAGUUAUUAAGGUUUUAGAUCCAAGAGUUUGUGAAAUGCAGGUAGUUUAAAGGCUUGUUGAAGGUUUUCUCAACGUAGAAUGUAAAUUUUUAAAUAAUAAUUUCAAGGGUGUGAAGACUUGAGGCGACGCCCCUAGGUGCAGAUUAAUUUUAAGAAAAAUAUGAAGGUCGAAAUUUUAUUAAUUCAUCUUUCUCUUUUCUGUCUUUUUGUAAUUCUGAAGACAAAGACUUUCUUUUGAUGUGUUUUUAUUUUAGAAGUAUAUGAACAUACAGACAGGAAGAGAAUGAACAUACAUGUGAACAUAUUUUCUAUAACUAGAGACAUAAAUACUUCACCUUCAUAAGAAGUAAAAGAAGAAUAUUAAACUUGUUGUAAACUUUAAAACUCGACUUUCUUCGUUUGUUUUGAAGUAACAUUAGAAUUCACAUUAACUGUCCAACGGGAAAAUCUGAAUCUUGUAAGAACCAUUAAAACAAAAAGCAGCAUCUCUUAUUUCUGGGUCAAGUUAAAAAAAAGUAUCAAUAUUUAAUGAAUUAAAUUAAAUGAAACCAUUAAUUAGAUGAUCAACAUGAAGUUUUCCCAGAAAAUCAUGUUUCAUUUUUAAAUUUUUUAAAUAAAAACGUCAAAGAUUUGUGAA